AACUUGUUACGUUUAUCCCGUCCAAUGGAGUUCAUUCAACUUCAAUGGGAAAUAAUGAAGCUUCCUCACAGCAGCACGCUUCAGACGACGUGGCACCCGAAGAACCAAACAACCACGUCGGCGAUUCUUCUACCUCGGAUCCUUUAACCGAAGACCGAGGUCGCCGGCCUGGGAAGGAACCACUUCUUGAAGAAGACGAGUUGGACCCCAGAGCCUUGUUCAAAGAAAAAAGCCGAAGUGAUCGAGCCGAACCUGGAGAAGACAUAGAAUUGAUUUAUAUCGAUGAACCAGUCUUCCACAAAUCAUUACGUAUUGGAAGCCAUCUCCAAGAGCCACUUCGGUCGGAACUUAUUUCGUUUCUCAAACACAAUUCUGAUGUUUUUGCUUGGAAGCACGAGGAUAUGAAGGGCAUCGACCCCGGUGUCGCAAGCCACAAGCUAAACCUCGAUCGAACUAUCCGACCAGUUGUGCAGAAGAGAAGAAAACUGGGGCCGGAUCGUCAGAAGGCGUUGGAAGAAGAAGUCAAAAAACUCAUCGACAACAAAUUCAUCAAGGAGGCCAAAUACCCGACGUGGGUCUCAAAUCCUGUUCUUGUCAAAAAGAGCAACGUACUGUGGAGACUGUGUAUUGAUUUUUCCGACCUCAACAAGGCAUGCCCAAAGGACAGUUAUCCACUUCCCCACAUAGAUUAUAUGGUUGAUGCCACGUCAGGACAUGAGUUGAUGAGUUUCAUGGACGCUUACUCCGGCUACAAUCAAAUUCCUAUGGAUCCUGAAGAUUCUGAACACACUUCGUUCUAUUCGGCCCGGGGCUUGUACUGUUAUACUAUGAUGCCGUUUGGAUUAAAGAACACCGGAGCCACAUAUCAACGCCUUGUCAAUAAAAUGUUCGCUACGCUGAUCGGUCACACCAUGGAAGUUUAUGUUGAUGACAUGCUCGUCAAGUCGGUGAACGCCUCCGAUCAUAUAAUGCAUCUUCAAGACAUGUUCGCCAUCCUCCGAUCUUAUUCCAUGGUUUUAAAUCCUAAGAAAUGCGCUUUUGGAGUUGAAUCUGGAAAAUUUCUGGGCUAUAUGGUCAGCCAGCGCGGAAUUGAAGCCAAUCCGGCUAAAAUAAAGGCUAUUCAAGAUCUAACUCCCCCGACCUCGGUUAAGGGUGUUCAAGCCCUGACCGGCCGACUUGCUGCACUCAACCGGUUCAUUUUCAAGUCUACAGAUCGUUGCAGACCCUUUUUCGAAGCAAUCAAAAAAGGUAAACGUUUUGAAUGGACCGAGGAAUGCCAGAAAGCUCUUGUCAGCAUCAAAGAGACACUAGUCACUCCGCCGACUCUACAAAAGCCAAAACCCGAGGAAAUGUUGUUCCUAUACCUCGGAGUCAGUGAAUCUGCCCUUAGCGCUGUUCUGUUACGCGAAGAAGGACUGAUGCAAUCGCCUAUUUAUUACGUCAGCAAAGCCCUGCAUGAUGCCGAGUUACGUUAUCCUCCGAUGGAAAAGUUAACAUUUGCGCUCGUCGUUGCAUCCCGGAAAUUGCGACCUUAUUUUCAAGAACAUUCUAUAACUGUCCGCACUUCGUAUCCACUUCGGCAAAUCCUACACCGACCUGAUACCUCGGGACGCAUGGUCAAAUGGGCCAUUGAGCUCGGACAGUUCGACAUCCAUUAUCAAACGAGGACUGCGAUCAAGGCUCAAGCCUUAUCCGAUUUCAUCGCCGAGUUCACUCCGGCCAUAACUGUUCAUCAUGACAAUCAACCAUGGGUCCUCUAUAUUGAUGAAUCCUCAACAGCCAACCGAGCAGGCGCAGGGAUAGUUUUAGCUGACCCGGAUAACCGUUUGUUCU